AUUUCAGGAAAUGUUGUAUGUUAUUAUGCCUCGUGGGUCACGUACAAUCCUAGAGAAGGCAAAAUGGACGUGGAAGACAUCGAUCCUCACCUGUGCACUCAUUUGGUGUAUACAUUUUUCGGAUUACAUCAAAACGGAUCCAUAGCAGUGCUGGAUCCCUGGCUAGAUCUAGAAGACAACUGGGGACGUGCUAACGUUCGAAAGUUCAACGAGCUGAAGAAGGCAAACCCAACGAUGAAAACGUUGGCCGCCGUCGGGGGAUACAACGAGGGGUCGGAAACAUUCUCUAAGGUAGCGUCCGACACGGACCUGAGACAGAGAUUCGCUAUCAGUGCUCGAGAUUUCUGUGUUCGACAUGGUUUCGAUGGUAUCGAUAUUGGCUGGGAGUAUCCGGGACAACGUGGAGGAGAUCCAGCUGCUGAUAAAAGCAAUUUCGUGCUGUUGCUAGCCCAUGUGAAGCAGAUUUUUGUUGCAGCUGGACUGAUGUUAACGGCGGCCUUGGCGGCAAGUCAAAAUCAGGCCGAGAUCUCGUACGACAUCCCAGGGCUGUCACAGCAUUUGGAUUUUAUAAACCUGAUGACGUACAACUACAACGGAGGCUGGGAUGUGGUUACUGGGCAUAAUGCGCCGCUUUUUGCUGGUCCAGCGGACGUUACGGAUUUCCAGCAAAUUUUGAACGUUCACCACAGCGUGAUGUACUGGAUUCGUCAGGGAGCGCCAGAGAACAAGAUAAACCUGGGGAUUGCUUUCUAUGGAAGGACGUUUACUUUGAGCAAAGUAGACAAAUUUGGAUUACGUGCCGCUGUAAAGGGUCCAGGAAUUCACGGAGCUUAUACGCAAGAAGAAGGCUAUUUGGCGUAUUAUGAGAUUUGCCCAUACUUUUCAAACGAAAAAUGGAUUCGAUAUUGGAACAAAAAUCAAAAGAUUCCAUUUGGUGUAAUUGGUGAUCAGUGGAUCGGAUAUGACGAUAUAGAAUCAAUUGGGCAUAAGUGUAACUUCACGAAACAGCACAAUUUAGCAGGGUUGAUGGCAUGGUCAAUUGAGAAGGACGACUUUCGUGGGAAUUGUGGAUCGACUAAGUUUCCAUUACUACGUGCAUUGUUUGAUUGCAUCUUUACUUCAUAAUAUUGUACUUUGGAUGUUAAGU